AUGAGACAUUCACUUCACUUGUCAUUUGAAGACAAUCAACACUUCCGGGCAUUAUCUCAAUCAUUGGAUCAAUUGAGUGAUGAAACGUAUGGAUCGGUUGGACAUCACAUGAAGACUGAAUUUGAAGACCGAUUGAAGAGUCCAUCAAAUGAUCAACAAAUGGGACAAAGAAAUGAAACACAAGAAGUGAAUCAAAGUAUUGAUGAUAACAGCGAUGACGUGAAUGAAGACAUCACUUCAAAGCCAUCGACAUCUCAAUCAUCACAAGAGAUGGUUAACGAAGAGGUAACUAAUACCAGUAAUGAAGACUCGCUGGAAGCGAUUGAACCCAAAAUGUUGACUGAAUUUAUGCCCCAAAAUGUCUGCCAAAGAGACGGAUCCAAUCCAUUGACAACACAUACGUUGAUUUGUCCGCCAAAUGCGGCCCAAAAGACACGCAAUGUAUUGAUUUCGUCGCCACCGAUAACUCAAUCCACGGCUCAAGUGAUGGACAAUAAAGAGAUGAUCAGAAAGAGAGCCAAAGAAUUGGUGCAUAAAAUGGAAACCGAAAUACAAUUACGGAAACGGAUUCCCAAAAGGAUUCCCAAACAUAGCGGCGAAGAGUCGGCGAAGAAAAGCAAAUUAUGGUUCAAUCAAACCUCACAUACAAUCAUAUGUCCGCUAAAUAUGACCGAAAGGACACAAUGUUAUGAUUUGACUGUCAAUGCGUUCAUUUGUCCCAUCAAUGACUGCCACAGGAGUUACAAAACUAAUGACUAUUUUCGGGAUCACUUGACAGCCGUUCACAGCGGCAGACAAUUUGUGUGCACUCACGAGGGCUGCGGUAAAGUGUUUACGAGAAACACGUCUUUAAGAGUGCAUUUAUUGACACAUAAAACACGAGUUAAAUCAUUCAAAUGUGAUUACAAUGGCUGCGAAUAUCGAGCCGUUUGUCGAUACCAUUUGGAAAGUCACGUGAGAACACACUCGACGGACAGACGGUUCCGAUGCGAUGUCAGCGGCUGUGAGAAGACAUUUAAAACGGGCUAUGAAUUGACUCAACACCGGCGGACACACAGCGCUCAGCCGACGUAUAAGUGCGGCGCCGACGGCUGUAAUGAUAUGUUUUACUCGCCGUCUAUACGACUGAAACAUCAGGUGUUGGUUCAUAACCGGCGGCCGUAUGUCCAGCACCGGCGGCCGGGUGUCAAACACCGGUGCCAAUGGCCCGGAUGUGAUUACGAGGGACCCAAUGGAUCGCUGCGCAAACACACACUCGUGCAUACGGGUGAGCGGCCGCACGGCUGCCAUUGGCCCGAUUGUGGCAAACGGUUUACGCUUUCGCACCAAUUGAAUGAACACAUGAAUAUUCACCUGAAUGUCAAACCGUUUGCCUGCGAUUGGCCCGCGUGUCAGUACACCACCGCCUGUAGCGCUAAUACAAUCAUUGAUGGAGAAGACAAUCAAGACUUUUGGCUAUUGUGUCAAUCUUUGGAUCAAUUGAGUGAUGAAACGUAUGGAUCGGUUGGACAUCACAUGAAGACUGAAUUUGAAGACCAAAUGAAGAGUCCAUCAAAUGAUCAACAAAUGAGACCAACGGAUGAAACACUAGAAGUGAAUCAAAACCAAAUGAAGAGUCCAUCAAAUGAUCAACAAAUGAGACCAACGGAUGAAACACUAGAAGUGAAUCAAAGUAUUGAUGACAACAAUGACAUAAAUGAAGACAUGUUUGACAACUCGUAUGACAGCAAUGGUCUGGAGUUGGGAUCAGUUAUCAAAAUAGAAGCCGAAGAUAAUUAUGUGGAACCAAUAAAUAUAGAGAUUCAACCGGUAUUACCAUCAAAGCCAUCGACAUCUCAAUCAUCACAAGAGAUGGUAAACAAAGACAUGAAUGGGAAAAGUAGUGAAGACUCGAUGGAAAUGACAUCAAAUGAAUCGAUGGCUGAAUUCUUGCGACAAAAUAAGAUCGAAAGAAACAAAUGCUUUGAUUUGACUCUCUAUGCAUACAUUUGUCCCAUAAAUGAUUGCCACAAGAAUUUCGAUACAAACGGCUAUUUUAUGAAGCAUUUGCGGGUAACUCACGCCUCAAGACAAUAUCAGUGCACUCAUGAGGGCUGUGUAGACACCGGAGCCCAACCGCCACUACAACCGGAUCUGUUUGAUGAUAUGAUCUACUCUUUUGGUCAUACCCGCCUGUUUAACCACUCGUAUGACAGCAAUGGCCUGGAGUUGGGAUCAGUUAUUCAAAGAGAAACUAAAGAUAUUAUUGUCAAAAAAGACAAUCAACACUUCCGGACAUUAUCUCAAACAUUGGAUCAAUUGAGUGAAGAAACGUAUGGAUCGGUUGUCGUCAACAUUAAGACUGAAUUUAAAGAUCGACUGAAGAAUCCAUCAAAUGAUCGACAAAUGAGACAAAGAAAUGAAACACAAGAAGUGAAUCAAAGUAUUGAUGACAACAGCGAUGGCGUGAAUGAAGACAUGUUUGACAAUAAAUAUUCAUUAAAUUCAAUGACUGAUGAAAUGCAGACACAAGUGAACAGCACUUCAAAGCCUCAAUCAUCACAAGAGAUGGUAAACAAAGACAUGAAUAGAAAGAGCAGUGAAUACUCGAUGCAAAAGACGUCAAAGCAAUCGAUGUCUCAAUUUUUGAGAAAAAAUAAGUCCGAAAGAAAAAAAUGUUUUGAUUUAACCAAAAAUGGAUUCAUUUGUCCCAUAAAUAAGUGCCACAAGAGUUAUAAGAGUUAUCCGACGGACGCAUACUUUGUCAAGCAUUUGACGCUAACUCAUAGAUUAAAACAAUACGUAUGCACUCAUGAGGGCUGUGGUCAAGCAUUUAAGAUUAAGCGCAACUUAACGAAACAUGAAUUGAUUCACAAUACCGUCAAACCAUUUCGUUGUCCACAGAAUGGCUGUCAAUACAAAUGCAUUAGUGAUGACUAUUUGAGAGCACAUCUGAAGAGACGGCACAAUAUUGAUAGGAAGAGGACACCAAUAGUUCGCACGGAUAGAGUGGCCAUCGAAUCGGAACCACUGAUAAAAGAGACGAAAUUCUUUACGUUAACCACUUUGGAAAGAAAGCGAUGCUUUGAUCCGAAGGCAAACACCUGGAAGUGUCCGGCGAUUGAGUGCCCGAAGGCUUAUAUAACGCGUAAACUAUUGAACCAACAUUUAAAUGUCACUCACAGAGAACGCCGAUUUAAAUGCCAUUACGACGAGUGCGAUAAGAGCUUUGCUACCCGUUCUGGUCUCGACAUUCAUAUACUGAUCCAUAAACAGAUUAAGCAAUUUAAAUGCCAUUACAAAGACUGUGUUUACAGCGGCGUUACCAACGGUGCUCUGACCGCACAUAUGGUCAAACAUUCGACGGAUAAACAAGUGUUUCAAUGUCCGGCCGACGGGUGCGGCAAAUGGUUUCAAACUCGCAAAUUGUUAAGCAUUCACUCGCGGAUACAUCUGAGCGAACCGUCGUUCCGGUGCGGCGCCGAUGGAUGUGAUGCUAUAUUUUUUAAUACGAGUCAACGAAUCAAACACCAGAUCUGUGUCCACAAUAGGAAAGCCAAGUGUCCGAAACCGCAACGAAAGCAAGCGUGCGAUUGGCCCGGAUGUGAAUGGUUUGGAAUUGAUUUAAAUAAGCAUAAACUCAAACAUACGGGAGAGCGACCACAUGUGUGCGUUUGGCCCGAUUGUGGUAAGAGUUAUAAGGAUUCACAGCGACUCAAAGAUCACAUGAAUAUCCACAACAAUGUGCGCCCAUAUGUGUGUCAUUGGCCCGGAUGUGAGUACACGACCACUGGUAACGCUUAUAUGUUUAAUCAUAAGAAGUUUGUCCACAAAAUUAAAUGA